CCUAGGUAUACGUAUUUGGUUCAGUUGCUAUGUAUAUAAAUAUGUAGAUAGUUCCUAAAUGUGGGGUCUCUAUUUGUUUGAACCGAUCUACGCCUCCGUCACGCUCCUUUCACAUCAUUGAACUCCUUGACCGAAAGGCCCACAACUGGGAAACAGCAGCAGUGAGAAUGGCGCCAGAUAUAGAGACUGUAAUUCUAUCUCUAUCACAGGGAUCGAAAGAGACGGCUCCCUUGAGUCCCACGAGAGUCGGCCGCAUACCAGAGGCACAGAGCUGCGACAUGCCAUCCGAGAAGGCGGCGGACAAUGCGCAAUGUUUUCCUAACCUGUCCUGGACAGAUAGCAGCGAGUCCUCGAAUGACUUUCGAUCCGAUAUAUUUACCAGGCCAACCUUGCCUAUGCUAGAAGCCAUUGUCAAUACAACGCUUGGGGACUGCACCGCGGACGAAGACAAGACCACUGUUUCUUUCCAGGAAUAUGUUGCCGACCUGGUCGGCCACGAGGCAGCGCUUUUGGUCAUGUCCGGGACCAUGGGCAACCAGGUGGCCCUGAGGAGCAUUCUGCGCACGCCGCCUCAUGCAAUCCUCGCUGACCAUCGAGCACAUAUCGCCACAUUGGAAGGAGGUGGCGCGGCAAGCAUCUGCGGGGCGAUGAUCAAAGCCAUUGUUCCAUCCAAUGGACAUCAUCUCACUGUACACGACAUUCAAGAACAAAGCAUCUUGAGGGAGACAGUCUUCGACUGUCCCACCAGAGUCAUUAGUUUGGAGAACACGCUCUCAGGUACCAUAAUGCCGCUUUCCGACAUACGAGCCAUCUCCCUCUGGGCGCGCGCCCAGAACCCGCCCAUUCACGUGCACCUCGACGGCGCUCGCCUCUGGGAAGCAGCGGCGGCUGGAGCCUGCACGCUGAGAGAGAUUGGAGAAUGCGUUGACAGCAUCCAGCUAUGCUUGACAAAGGCUCUUGGAGCGCCACUUGGUAGCGUGGUUACUGGCAGUGCGUCCUUUAUCAAGAGAGCGAAAUGGAGUCGCCACUUACUUGGCGGUGGCAUUCGCUCCUCGGGUAUCAUUACCGCGCCGGCUAAGGUAGCCAUCCGUGAUGUCUUCUUUGGUGGGAAAAUAAGUUUGGCGCAGGACAAGGCGAGACGUGCGGCAAGACUUUGGCAAGACCUGGGCGGGAAGCUUCAACGGCCGACGGAGACGAACAUGGUAUGGCUUGAUCUUCCAGCGUCUCGUGUCGACCGCGAUGAGUUCUAUGCUUUGGGUCGCCAGUUGAAUCUGAAAAUAUCAAAUAGUCUGAUGGUGGGACGGCUUGUUUUCCAUUACCAAAUCAGCGACGCUGCGUUUGCUAGACUCUGCGAGCUCUUCGAGUCUGUUCUCAAUGGCCGGACGGUGCAGAGUGUUAACAGCGAGGAGAAGUAGGUAUGCGUCCAGAUACGAGGACAGAAGAACCAGAGACAAUCGUCCAACGGGUAACCACAAUGGCACGAAUACAAUUUCCAAUAGAAAUAGUAAAGAAUAGCAUGCAUCCUUCUUUCCAUCCUUUGCUGUUAUAUCGCGUCUACAUCUCUUCAAUAUGGGUUGAUGUACGGGCUGCAAUGCAUGUAGCUAAACCGCGAUAUAUAGUCCUCUAGCUAGGCCCUCUGAUU